AUGGCUAAAAAUCCAGCUCUUCAACAGGCAUAUUGUGACUUCAUGAAUGAAUACGAGUCACAAGGUCACAUGGUCAAAGCAUCACCUGUUGAAGACCAUUCUAGAUGCUACUACCUACCACAUCAUAGUGUCAUCAAAGAGUCGAGUACAUCAACAAAGUUGAGAGUUGUAUUUAACGGUUCGCAAAAAACAAAUACUGGUGAAUCUUUAAACGACAACUUGUACGAGGGUCCCAAGUUAUUGAAUUCUUUGGUGUCUGUACUCACACAAUGGAGAGCAUAUCAGUAUGUUUUUUCGUGUGACAUACGACAAAUGUUCAGACAGAUCAUCAUCCAUCCCGAUGAUCAAAAGUAUCAAAGAAUUUUUUGUAGACAUACACUCGACUCACCAGUUCAGGAGUACGAAUUAACAACCGUAACAUAUGGUACCAAACCAGCACCAUUUUUGGCUUUGGCUACUUUAAAGCAACUUGAACUGGAAGAGGGAGAUAGGUUCCCGUUGGUUAAAUCAGCUAUUUCACAAGGGUCAUAUAUGGAUGACAUAUAUGUUGAGGCUGAUAAUAUACAACAAGGGAUUGACAAGGUGGUACAAAUACAACAAAUGCUUCACUCAGGUGGCUUCGAGCUGAGGAAAUGGAUAAGUAACUCGAGUGAGUUAUUGAGUAAAAUUCCAGUAGAAUUUCAUGAGAAAUCAUCCACCUCGACUAAUAGUAAUCAAGUUUUCAGGACACUUGGUCUCAAUUGGGAUACAACAGCUGAUUGUUUUAGUUACAUUCCAAUAGUAUAUAAGGAACCUAAAGCAAUCACUAAGAGAGUCGUUUUAGCACAAGUGGCCCAACUGUUCGAUCCACUUGGUUGGAUAUCACCAGUCAUAGUUAAGGGUAAAUUAUUUAUGCAAUCUUUAUGGAAGAUUAAGCUUGACUGGGAUGAGCCAAUUCCUGAAAAUUUAUUGGGUCCAUGGAGAGACUUUGUCUCUCAACUGAGUCAUCUAUCUGAGAUAAAAAUACCGAGACGGUUGAAUCUCACACCAACAGUUUCAUCCAUUGAGAUUCAUGGAUUUGGUGACGCUUCUGAUGCAGCAAUUGGGGCUGUAGUGUACUUGGUGUCUAUUGAUACUCUUGGUGUAGCCAAGAGUAAUAUAAUAGCAUCAAAAUCGAAGCUAGCACCUAUUAAGGCCGAAUCCAACAGCUCCAAUAAAACUAGAGUAAAAGUUUCAACACCGAGAUUGGAGCUGUCAGCCGCAGUGCUGUUGGUGAAAUUGGUGAGAGAUAUUCAACAGAGUUUGGGUUGUCAGUCAGCAAAGAUACACUUGUGGACUGACUCAUCCAUCAUUUAUUAUUGGAUCAAAGGCGACGCGAGUCGUUGGAAAACCUUUGUCCAUAACAGAGUAGUAUUCAUACAAAAUACACUCACACAGGCAACCUGGCAUCAUGUGCCAGGUGAGGAUAAUCCAGCUGAUAUCGUAUCACGUGGUACAUCAUCAUCACAACUGCAUACAGACACGUUGUGGUGGCAGGGUCCAGCCUGGAUUAUCAAAAGUCAAGAUUCAUGGCCUGUGUUGAGUAACCCAGAGAUAGACAUGACUCAGGUUGAAGAAAAGCCAUUAAUUUGCAAUGUGACGUCAACCAUACGUGAAGAAUUUUUGGACAACUUCUCGUCAUUGGUCAAGGCUGUUACAGCAGCAGCUUUGUGGAGAAGAUUUUAUCAGAGUUUCUCGUUGAAAUACCCUGUAAAUAAAUCUUCUUGGAUUACAUCUGAAGAACGUCAGAAUGCAUUGCUGGGCUUGGUAGUAAAUAAUCAACGGUUAUAUUUUCAUAAAGAGAUUAAACAAUUAUCAAAGGGUGAAACCUUGUCAAAGUCUAGUUCUUCGAUAAAAUUGACACCAUUCCUUGAUAGAGAUGGUGCUUUGAGAGUCGGUGGCAGACUGAGUAAAUCUCUCAUGACAAGUAAAGAAAAAUAUCCGUUGAUACUGCCAAAAGAGUCGAAACUUACUGAGCUGGUAUUACAUGAGUGUCAUGUAAAUACUUUGCAUGGUAGUGCACAACUUAUGUUGGCCACCUUGAGGCAACAAUAUUGGAUUGUUGGAGGACGUUUACCAGUCAGAAGUUUCAUUAAUAAAUGUGUUGUUUGUGUGAGACAUCGAGCUGAAGCUGCACAACAGUUAAUGGGUCAACUACCAGCAUCAAGAGUAUUGAAAUCAAGGCCAUUUCUCCAUACAGGAGUUGAUUAUGCUGGUCCAUUUGAACUGAAAACAUGGUCAGGUAAAUGCAACAGCAGCAGAUCGUGGCACUAA